CAGCAGUUUUGUAAUAAUUUGAAUAAGUUACAAUUUAGGCAGUAAAAUAUAUAUAUAUAAACCAAAAUGUUACGGCAUUUACUAGGAAGAUUAGCAUUUGGUAACAAAUUAUACGCUACGAAGCAAUCGCGAUGCAUUUUCCAUUUAUCCAGCAUCAAGGACGUGACGAGUGGGAAGCAUCGAGAAGGUGACCAGAUUAAAGUUAAGGGCUGGAUCAAAUCCGUUCGCAAACUGAAGGAAAAUGCUUUCCUUGACGUCAACGAUGGUACCUGCCCUGGCAACCUACAACUGGUGGUCAGUAAAACUCUACUCCACGAAGCGGCCUAUGGAUCAUCUGUAGACGCAAGUGGCACCCUCGGCCGAACACCGAAAAAUCAACUCGAACUCAAAGUCGAACAUUUCCAAGAACUUGGCAGUUGCCACCUCUCCGAGGGCUAUCCCUUCUAUCCGAAGAAAACCUACUCACCGGACUACAUCCGCAACCACCUUCACCUCAGACCGCAAACCCCUUCAUUUGGAUCGACCCUACGCGUACGGCACCACGUGACCAAAUGUUUCAACGACUAUCUCGACCGGGAAGGAUUCGUUCAGAUUCACACUCCUAUAAUCACCUCCAACGAUUGCGAAGGAGCAGGCGAAGCAUUCCUGGUUCGACCAGCCAACGGAGAGCUACUGCAGCAUAUGGCCAAAAAGGAUGUCCCCCUAGAUCGGGCAUACUUUGAUCGACAGUCCUAUCUAACCGUUUCCGGACAACUGCAUCUGGAAGCAAUGAGUCACGGGCUUGGUAAGGUGUACACCUUCGGUCCAACGUUUCGAGCGGAGAAUUCCAAAUCACCAAUUCAUUUGAGUGAAUUCUACAUGCUUGAACUGGAGGAAGCAUUCAUGGACUCGUUGGAAGCAUUGACGGCAAGAAUUGAAUCGAUCGUGAAAAACGUUACCAAGGCUCUACUGGAUAUUGCAGCGGAAGAUUUGGCUGCCGUGAGAAAGCUGACCACUGAUGUUAGCUUAGACGAAAGCUUUUCGUGGCUCACCAAACCAUGCCCUAGGAUAUCGUUUACAGAAGCGAUAGAGGUUCUUGAGCGAAACAAAUCUAAGCUCAAGUCUGCAGUGCGGCCGGAAGAAGGCAUCAACAAGGAGCAGGAAUUAUUUCUAGUGAGCCAUUAUCAAAGUCCGGUGUUUGUGAUAGACUGGCCCAAGGCAAUAAAAUCGUUUUACAUGCGCGAGAAUCGUGCGGAACCGAAUCUCGUCGAUGCGUUGGAUUUUCUGGUGCCGCACGUGGGAGAACUGGUGGGAGGAAGCGUCCGUGAAGAUGAUUACGGAAAAUUACAAGCAAAACUGCCGGAUCAGGAAGCUCUCCGGUGGUACCUGGAGCUUAGGAAAUUUGGCUCUGUCACGACCGCUGGUUUCGGACUCGGGCUGGAGCGGUACCUCUGUUGGGUGUUGAAUGUUCAUAACAUUAGGGAUGUGAUACCGUUUCCACGGUGGGCGCAUAAUUGUGCUAUGUAAUUUAUGUGUUAGUGGUAUAAUUUAACAGGAAGGAAUAGAAUGUAUUACGAAAACAAGGUUUACAGUGUAUUUUACUAUGGACGCAAUCCGAACGCUGUUAUUUACACAUUUACACUAUACCUGGUUCAAACCUGUUCGUACUAUGCAUUUUGCCUCAAACA